CGCGACUAUGCUGCCCCAAAACGCCGCGCGCUUAUGAUGCACCAAAAUGCUGUCUAGAGAGGCGGCUUACAAGGUUUUGAAACAGAGCCUCGUUUUCUAAUGCAGUUUGAGUCUGGUAUUUUGGUGUGUGUGUGUGUGUGUGUUUGAGGGGGCACAGUCGGGUUUCUCACCUUGGCUCGCUCUUCGUCACCCCUCCUCUCUCUCUCUCUCUCUCUCUCUCUCUCUCUCAGUGCGCGUGUGUGUCAGUGUGUGUCUGUCUCAUGAACGGAACUGACCGCUGCUGCAUCUGUGAGUUUCAUUCACUAACAGACAACAGGACUAAAUCACAAUCGAUCUGGAUUUAUUUUCCUCACAUUCCCUCUUGAAUGAGGUUUAGCGGGUUCAGACGCGAUUCGGAGAUUCAGAGCACUCCAAACCGUGUUUCGUUCCCGGUCCGUGAGAGAUGCCAAGGAAAGCAACUCUUCACGAGUCUUCUUAGCGUGCAGAUCUCAUCAGAUUCCCUCCGGGCUGAUCAUAUGUGCGUCGACCUGCGGAUCCAAGCAUCAGGAGAGUUUGAGAGUAUCGAGUUUAUUUCAGUGUCUGUCUGGAUCAUGGCACAUAGGAUGCGGAACGGACUUUGACUGCUGAUUCCUCCAGCAAUAGAGGAAACACACACUGCAGAGAGUUGGUUCUGGGAAAGUCGUCUAUCUGCUGGACGUUUUCUGACCGGGUCGUCUUUCCAAGAUAUCACACGUACUCCAGUCUGAAGAGACGCUACAGCCAUAUUUGUUUAUUUGACUUCCCCCUCUCUCUGCCAUCCAUCUGGAUACGUUUCUUCCCUUCCCCAUCCCACAUUCAUCAUUCCCUCUCGUGACAUCAUGCAGAGUUUUCAGAACUUGCUUUCUCUGCUUACUCUGUUUCAUACGCUUCCCUGGGCCUCCAGUCACAGUCCGAACCCAUUCGCCGGGCCUCAAGUGACGCCGACGGACCCCUGCUAUGAUGAGACGGGCGCCGCCCGCCGAUGUAUCCCAGAGUUCAUCAAUGCAGCAUUCGGCCAGGAGGUCAGCGUAUCAAGUGUAUGCGGCCGGCCGCCGUCUCGCUCCUGUAGUUUAGUGGAACGUGACGACCGUCCCGCUGUGCGCGCAUGUCAGGUCUGCGACGCAUCAGACCCUCGCAACGCACACCCUGCCUCCUACCUCACUGACCUAAACUCCGCCCACAACCUCACCUGCUGGCAGUCUGAGAACCUGCAGGGCUCGCCUCUCAAUGUGACACUCACGCUGUCGCUCGGGAAGAAGUUUGAGAUCACGUACGUCAGCCUGCAGUUCUGUUCCCCGCGGCCCGAGUCCCUGGCCAUCUAUAAAAGCAUGGAUUAUGGGCGCACUUGGUCACCUUACCAGUUCUACUCGUCGCAGUGCCGUCGCAUGUACAACCGACCCAACAAAGCAACGAUCACCAAGCAGAACGAGCAGGAAGCUUUAUGCACAGAUGGACACACCGAUCUCUACCCACUUUCUGGUGGCCUUAUCGCUUUUAGCACAUUAGACGGACGCCCUUCAGGCAAGGACUUCGACUCAAGCCCUGUUCUGCAGGACUGGGUGACUGUCACUGACAUUCGAGUGGUCUUCAGUCGCCCGCAGCACCUUAGAGCACUGCCCAUGUCAGGACGUGAGAGCGAAGACCCACUCGGGCCACCUGGAGCGCUGCCUACUUAUUACUACGCGGUUGGCGACUUUCAAGUGGGCGGGAGGUGUAAAUGUAGUGGCCACGCAUCCAGGUGCAUGCGAGAGAAGGACGGGAAACUGUUGUGUGAAUGCAAACACAACACAGAGGGUCCAGAGUGUGACCGCUGCAAACCAUUUCACUACGACCGGCCCUGGCAACGCGCAACAGCGAAAGAAGCCAAUGAGUGUUUGCCUUGCAAUUGUAACCUGCACGCGCGGCGCUGUCGCUUUAACAUGGAGUUGUAUAAGCUGUCGGGCCGUAAGAGUGGAGGAGUGUGUAUGAAUUGCAGACACAAUACCGCAGGACGCCAUUGCCAUUACUGCAAAGAGGGAUUCUACAGAGAUAUGGGCAAACCCAUCACACACCGCAGAGCCUGCAAAGCAUGUGACUGCCAUCCGGUGGGAGCUGCAGGUAAAACGUGUAACCAGACGACGGGUCAGUGCCCGUGUAAAGACGGGGUGACUGGUAUAACAUGCAACCGCUGUGCUAAAGGGUAUCAGCAGAGCCGAUCGCCCGUCGCCCCGUGCAUUAAAAUCCCUGUGAUAAAGCCAACGGCUGUGAUCAGCACUACAGAGGAGCCUGCAGAUUGUGACUCGUACUGUAAACCACUGAAGGGAAAUCUCAAGAUAAACAUGAAGAAAUACUGCAAAAAGGACUACGCUGUCCAGGUCAGUGUGUUGGACAUGGAGACCGUCGGAGAUUGGGCCAAAUUUUCGGUCAGCCUGGUGUCUGUGUACAAGAGCCGCGGAGAACCGCUGAAGAGAGGCGAUCACGUGCUGUGGGUCCAUAUGAAGGAUCUGGCCUGCAAAUGUCCGCGGAUACACAUGGGCAAACGCUUCCUCAUCCUGGGCACGAGCGAGGGCACCGCGAGCCCCGAACACCCGGGACUCCUGGCCGACAAAAACAGCCUGGUCAUUCAGUGGAGGGACAUUUGGACUCGACGACUGCGCAAGUUCCAGCGCAAGGAGAAGAAAGGCAAGUGCAGCAAAGCAUGAUGGGAUGGCAGGGAACUCUUUAUUAUUGACCACUGUCCAGCAUACGCAGGAGACUGAGAGAGCGAACUCUACGUAUCGUCGUUUCCAGUGUGUUAGUUGACAUCGUCCUGUUGGUCAGCCUUCUAAAGGGACCGUUAAAAAGACUGUUUCUAAUCACACACACCACUGAAUCUCUCUCUCUCUCUCUCACACACACAAACACACAGACACACAUGCUGUAGUUCGACUGAGCUGCACACGGACUGAUUCCAUUUCCUCUCCAAGCCACAAUUUAAUCAAUCAAAUAUGAAAUGUGUCCUCAAAUUACAAAUCAGGGGAACGGUUCUGUCCGCAUCUGGUUCGGUUCUAGUCUUUGUGGCCUUCAUCAGAUGGUCACACUGGUGUUCACCACAUGCUGCUCGCUUCAGUGCUGAAAACCUCAAAAUCUCCAUCAUCUUCGUCAUCAUCAUCGGCCUGGAUCAUUUCACUUUUGAAGAGCUUAUUAAGAGCGCUCGUAUCUGUGGGUUGUGUGUCGUACGUGUGGAUGUGUGUACUUUGAUACAGAAGGAUCUAGUGCAGAACAGAGCGAAUGUCUGUUAGCAGACAGAAACAUACUCAAGCGCAAGUAUGCAAAUGCACGAAUGCCUGGCAAACAUAGUUUCACUGUGCAUUUUUAACAUGCUUUUUUGAGUUACUGUGGCAGGAACAAAUGUCUGUCAUUAAAGGGAUAGUUCACCCAAAAUUUAACCAAAAUGAAUAUUUUGUCAUCAUUUUACUCGCUCUCAUGUUGUUCCAAACCCAUAGUGUGUUAUUCUAUUCUGUGGAACGCAAGAGGAAAAUUUCCCUCUUUUCCAUAUAAAAACAGGCUGUAAAGCACCACAAGAUGACAAAAAAGCACUGUCAAAGAAAUCCAUUUAGAGACUGAGUUAAAUACAAGCACAAUUGAGAGAAGAUUAUUAGUUAAUAAUGGCUUUUUAACAGCUUCUUAUGGCUUUAGAAGACUUUUGGUAUCUUUUUUUAAAGGAAUAGUUCACCCAAGAAUCAAAAAUACCCAUAUUUCUUCUGUGGUCCACAAACAAAGGCUGUUUUCAAUGAAGUUGGUAUCCAAAACGUUGUGGUUCCCAUUGAUUUCCAUUGGAUGGAUGAACAUUGCAAUAGAAGUCAGUGGGAACCGAAACGGUUUGGCUACCAGCUGUCCCCAACAUUCUUUAAAAUAUCUUCUUUCAUUCUUCUUCAGAAAAAAAAAAAGUCGGACAGGUUUGAAUUACUUGAGGGUGAGUCAGUGAUAACAGAAUUUCCAUUUUUGGUUGAACUACAACCAGUUGUGUCAUGUUCAGGUCACUAGAAAUAAAAAUAUCUAACAUGAUCUAGCUUAAGAUUGAAUACACCACACAAUAUGUGUUCAGACUCGCCUCAUAAAUAUCAAAUAUGUUUCAUCUCCUUUAAAAAAUGAAUUCAUAAUCUGAAACUAAAAAAUGUAGACUGCCCAAAGCCUCUGAUCAACUCAUUCAGACUGUAAAUUGGAGAAAAGAUCUGGGCAAAAGUUGUGCAGUGUGUGUUUACUUACCUGUGUUGAUGCUAAAGCAUCAUAGCUCCCCUUGUGGCAGUGAUGAGUAUAGCUUCAUGAAUUACAUUCUGCUGCAUUACUGAAUCUAAUGACAUGUGAAAUUGAGAGUGUUUGCAUGCUUGUGUAGAGCACCUUUCAGGGCUAAUGCUCUGUCCUAAUGUUUCUCUCUCUCUUCUACUACUGAAUAUCUGUGUUUUUAUCUGCCGUCUGUCCAUUAUAAAAGACAAGACAAAGAUGAAAAUAAUGAUGUGUAUGAAAACACAUGUGACCCUGGAGCACAAAAGCAGUCUUGAGUCUCUGGGGUAUAUUUGUAGCAAUAGCCAAAAAUACAUUGUAUGGGUCAAAAUUAUUGCUUUUUGUUUUAUGUCCCAAAUUUCCUACAGUAAAUAUAUAAGAAAGUCAUUUUUGAUUAGAAUUGCUAAAGACUUAAUUUGAACAACUUCAAAGGCGGUUUUCUCAGUAUUUAGAAUUGUUGUUGUAUCUCAGCCAAAUAUUAUUAUAUCCUAACAAACAAUGCAUCAACUGAAAAAUUAUUUAUUCAGCUUGUAAGAUGAUGUAUGAAUCUCAAUUUAGAAAAAUGUACCCUUAUGACUGGUUUUGUGGUCCAGGGUCACACAUAAACAUACUUUUUUUUUCUUUUUCUUUUUUUUUUCUAUUUACAAAUGCAUUAGUUUGCAUUGUGUUUGUUAGUUGCAAAUGCAUUAGUUUGCAUUGCAUUUUCACACUUUAAUGAUAUUUGGUGUGUCUCUAUGCAGCAGCUGACUUGAACAACCGAGAUCAUGUUCUCCAGCAUGAUUUGACUGAUAAUGCCCACAUAUAUUUCAUACUAGAAGUAGUGCCAUUUUUUAAUUUUAAAUAUCCCUUCUACAUUUUUCAUCACAACUUGGCUUUUUAUGUUUUUUUUUUUCCAAUCCUUUGUUUAUUUCUAGCAUUAAAUAAAAAUGCCAGAAUUGAAUCUUUUAAACUUUCGGACCUCAAUGUAUCUGCAUUGUAUGAUGUACAGUACGAUAUUGUCUCCUGUGUCAGUAAUAUUACAGAGGAAAUCACAGUGAAGCAAUAACUAGUAGAUAUAGAUUCAUUCUGAUCAUGUUGAGAUGAAUUUUAAUGCAAAAACUUUGGUUUACUCUGUCUUUGCUGCAUUAAGAAGUAAACAGUCCUUUUUAUUGGUAAAAAACACCGCCUGGUUCCACCCAUCAAACAAGUCUCAUUUUCUGAGAGAGAGAUGAAUGAAUAAAUAAAUGUUUAUUGUUAGGAUAACAGGAUUUUUAAAAUUGUUUUACUAUUUUAUGUUGAUAGUCAAUGUUGAUCGUUCUCUUUAUGCCAAUGUUAAACUAACAGACGAGUUAACUGAACUAGUGUUAAACUGUUAAUACAAGCAUCCAUAGAUUCACUACAGUAAACUCUCUCACACAUCAUGAUGCACACUGACUUCAGUAUGUGCUGUCCACUGAGUGCUAGUGACGGGACAAAUUCAUCAGUAUAUACACACUUUAGCUACUUAUUUUUAAUUCCACACAAUAAAAGUACUUUUCAAAUACUUGGACUAGGGAUAUGUACAGAUUGGAAUACUAUUACCGAACUAUAAUAUUAUUCAUUAUUUAUGCUAAAAACUGCUUCACACAUUUCGUUCAAAAAUCAGCAGUAAGCAGUGUGAUAAUAUCACAUUGUAUGUGUAACAAUGUAUCCCACAAUGCAAUGCAGUGACAUAUUAUGCACAGGUAAUAUAAUACAACAGACAUUGGGUUAAAAAUUCAAAACAACCAAGAUGACAACAGGACAGCCUUCGCAUAAUGAUGUCAUGUGAGAACACAGUACACUGUAUUUGACAGAAUGCUGUGUAUGUGUUUUUUUCUUUAUCCAAAGUGACAAAUCGGAAUAACACAAGCAGAAUCGACUAACCCGAGGGAUGAAACAGGUAUAACAAAUGCUAGAGUAGAAACUAGUAUGCCAUCCUGAACUUAGCCUAGUUUGCAGAGAUGCCUUGACGAAGGAAAUGUCAUUUCCACAGCAAUUUCCAUUUUCGUUUUACUCCUGGAAGGGGUUUGGAUUAGAGACUAUAAACAUAUGAAAGCUUUCUCGCCGCAAGAGCGGUGUAGAUUACUGCUUCUAAUGACCCUGAUGUCAUUAAGUAAAUGAAGAAUUAGAGAAAGACUGAAUUGUGUUUCUGGAGGGAAUCGGCAGACGUGCAGAAGUUGCUCUGUCUGUUACUGCUUGUGCGAAUGUAUAUGUGUUUAUAGUUUGUGUGCAAAAGUUUGGGCACCAUUGCCACAAUUCAUGUCCGGGUGAUUCAGUCUUGCAUUGGCAUCCCAACUGGGCAUGUGUGAAAUUAGCUUUUAAGAAACGCAGCAGAUAAACAGCUCGAAAACUAGCAUCAAUAUGGCAGAGGACGUUGAAUUCAGCCACAGACAUUUGCACACAACUUUAUAUUUUGACAUAUCUGUGUAUAAAUGAGUAUUUGUGUGUAUUCACUUCCAUUAGUCUGAAUGUGAGGUGUGUAUGUGUGUGUGUAUGAACAUGUACAUGAGUAAAUGUGCAGUUUGAUGAACUUUAUGUGUUUCUGCAUGAGGAACAUUCCUCUUCUGACGUACAGAGAGAGUUUCUCUCCUUCUCAUCACCUGUUUUAUUUGCUGUCUCUGUAACUGCAAUGACCACUGAAUUAAUCAAAUAUACAAAUAAAUUAUUAGUUGAU